AUGUUGGAAGCCAAGAGCCUGAACAAGGCAGCUGUUCCUGAAACCCUCUUCGCCGAUCCUUCUCCGGCCAACCUCCAAUCCACCCGCCUUGCUGUCCAUGCAAAUGGGGACUCUUCAUCUUGCUGGGUUUACGUUGCUUCUGGUUGCCGCGUUUACAAACUCUUGAUUGCGAUGGAGGACUCCUCGGUUGGACAAGGAAAAGAAAGCCUUCUAAUCCCGGAACACACUCAGAUGGCUUUACAUAUACGGUAUCUCCUCGAGAUUCUGGUAUUGGAGAAGGGAGUUGGGCUGGCUUGUGCUUUAAUCCAAAUCAAUUGUGCAUGGCAGCUGUGGCACGGAGUUUUUGCAAGAGCAUUGAUAUUUAUGACCAAGAUAUUCAUCUCCGCACUUUACGUACCGACUGUGUCUUCAAAUGGUUAUGUUGCUACUGGUGGUGCUGACCGUACUGUGACUAUAUAUGAUCCGCGUAGAUGGUGCGCAAUAUCUCGAUGGUUAAACUGCUCGAAAUAUGAGAUAACUGGACUGACUUUUUCAUCAGUCGACCCUAAUUAUAUAUAUGUCCAAGGAGUUGAUUAUGAGGUUCUUUGUGGACAAUGGAAAGAAAGCAAGAAAGCAUUUUCAUUUAGAGGGGACUCGAACUGGCUUGGGUUCAGCAAGUGUUCGGAUAGGGAUAUUUUGGCGGGAUGGUGUGAUUCGGGCAGCAUUUUUGUUGCUGAUGUUUUCUAG